GUUAAACCAGUUUUUCUCUUUUCUGUUUGAUGGUAUUCAUUUACUCACAUCAUUUCCCUCGAGCUGGAGAACUAUCAAGUCAAGAAAUAAGUAGUUUUUAUUUAUUACUGAAUGUGUCACACUUCCUUCUCCUCAGUCGUGUCACUUCUUCCAAUCAUAAAUAAAUACACGUCGCUAUCUCGGCUAAGAGAAUGAAGGCGUCAAUUCAGAUUCUGGUCAUCAUAUCGCUAUUAAAUUUGCAAAUUGGACCCACCAACGGACUCGCAGUUCCGCCACACUUGGCACAAUAUACCAAAACUGGGCUAGAAUUACAUAGUCGCUUCGGUGCAAACGGACUGCUAAAAGGUCAGAAAAUUGGGUCCGAUGUAGUCCAAAUCGUUAACGGAUAUGGGAAUUUUGCCGUACAACUUGUGAAUCACCUUCCAGGAGGCUCGACAAUCGCCCAACCGGAGAACAUCGCGUCUAAACUUUCCAACGAAAUCGCAUCCCCAGAAAUACUAUCGAACUUUCAGAAUUAUGUCGGUAUGGGGAUCCUCGUGAUAAACGCGGCUUAUCAGAAGUAUCAAAUGGACAAAUUGGUUGGCACCAUGGAGGAUAUAGCUUCUACGUUACGCACCCUGAAACAGGACACCACCAGGAUAGAGUCAAUUAUCAAAAAGAUUAAAGCCUCGUCGGCCGAGGUUUCUGGAAAAUUGGGAUCCUUCUCAAUUUCUACGUCCAGAGGGGAGAUAGAUUUUCUGCUGAAAUUCUUGGAGGGCACGCUUCCCCUCGUGAAAGAUGCGAAAGACAGGAUAGCCUACCUACUUCACACCUUGGAAAGGGACAUCUUACUCUCAACCCAGUUAAAGGAUCAGUUCCGUGACAACUUUGUAAAUCAAGGGCUUGCCGCUAUUGCCUCGUUUCUCACGGCUUGGACAAAACCUAUCCUGGCACCCUUCGAAAUCCCGAAUGGCAUUGUUGCCUCGUAUUUUUCAAUCCGUUACAAACUCAAGGAGUGGGAAGUGUCUGGUCACAUUGCGAAAUUAAAUUCCUUAAUCGACACCUUGUUGGAGUAUGAGAGCAAUUUGAGCGAAAUGGAGACUCACAUGGAGUCCGUCAUGUUGCAGCUGGGAUACGCCAGACAAGUUAAGAGUGACGAAUUCAGAAAUAAUAUGGUUGCUUUUGCCCUUGUUGGUGUACUUGUCAUAAUUAUUUUCGCCGAUAAGUCCCACUCUAGGUCAAAUUUUACAGCCAUAAUUUUGAUCCUUAUUGUGGUACUGAUUGGGAUCAAACUGGUGCAACCGUCGGUUCUAAUUUAUUUGCGGGGAAAAAUUUAUGACAUCAUUUUUAUUUGAUUUUGCCAAACUUUUUAUUAUGUAACAGUAAAGUCUGGGGUGUCAUAUCAAUCAUUUAGUGGUUGGUUUAAUUCAUUAUGUAGGUUGUCCUCUUUAGCAUUAAAUAAAGGACGGUAUCUGUUAUGGUGA